AAUAUAUUUGCCACGAUUCAUUUUGAAUAAUAAAGCAGUAUAAUUACUACAUUGAAUGUGUGAAAGUGUUAAAACCACUUUGUAAAAAUUUAUAAAUUUUGAAUAAAUUUCAGUAAAAUGUCUUGCACAUUUUUAUAUUUUGCUUAUGGAAGUAAUUUACUUGCUAAAAGGAUACACUUAAAUAAUCCAACCGCAGUAAUGAAAAAUAUUGGUUAUAUUAAGAAUUUUAGGCUGGAUUUUCAUAGAUAUUCCAAACGAUGGUGUGGAACAUCGGCAACAAUUGUAGAAACAGAAAAUUCAGUUGUAUGGGGUGUAGUCUGGGAAUUAGAUAAUUGCAACUUAUCAACAUUAGAUUGUCAAGAAGGUGUUCAGGAUAAUAUAUAUCGUGCAAUGUCAGUAAAUGUUGAAACUCCCAAUGGUACAAUUCUAAACUGUAGAGUAUACCAACAAUGUGAUAAUCCAAAAGAAUACGUAAAGCCAGCAGAUCUUUCAAUAGAUAGGAGACCUUCACCAUUAUAUCUAAAUAUGAUAUUAAAAGGGGCUCAAGAAAAUAAUCUUCCUGCCGAUUACAUACAAUUUUUAAAAACUAUACCACAUAAUGGAUAUGAAGGAGAAUAUGACAUUAGCCUUUCUCUGAUUGAAGCUUGAUUUCUACAAUAUUUUUAUCAUCUGAAUUGUUUUGAUAAUGUGGAUCAAGAAUCACAUAUUCCAGUGCCAUCUCUGCUGUCAUUUCGUCCAAUGUAUGUCGAGGAAUUUUCAAUUUUAAAAAUUGUCUUUUGUUUACCUAAAAAUAUGUUAUUGU